AUGAAGCAUUGAUUGACUUUAAUGGCAACAAAAUAAUAAACGAUUUGGAGUUCAUUAACAAUCUCCCUAAACCUGCUUCACCUUUAUUAACGCCUCAACCACUUGGGGAAUUAAACUUAAUUGAGUCACCACGGCCAUCGACUUCUGAAGGUAUAAUGAAUAAGCCAGCUAGGGAUAGAACUGGUGAUCAACCAAGACCUAAGAGGCAAAGAAGAAAGCAUGACGAAAUUGAAAGGUUCUAUCACUGCGGUUUUGAAGGCUGUCCAAAGAGUUACGGCACGCUUAACCAUUUGAAUGCACACGUCAUAUUUCAAAAACACGGUCCAAAGCGACUUCCAGGAGAGUUUAAAGAAAUUAGAGCAUAUCAAAAAAAUAAGAAAAAGGAAGAAUUAAAGUUACGCAAGUUAAAAGAGCAAGGUACUUCUCCGAACACACCAUAUGAUGAGACAUUACCUUCGCUUCCAAAUUCUGCACCACCAACGCAGACUAGCUUUGGAGCCGACGUACAUUCACCCGGCCAGGACUUCCUAUUAUCUGGACCGCCCGUUGGUCUAGAAGAAGCACCAGAAUAUACCAAUGACGUUCUUGGUUUGGGCAUACCAUUUAGCGCCCCGCCGACGAGAACAUCUUUCUUCUCAAACAAUGAAGAUACAACAGCAGAUUUCAGCACGGCUAUAAAGAACAAUCUGAGUACUUUAACAUUGCCCGAUAAUAUAUCCGAAGCACUAACGAUGAUGGAGAACCAACCACAUUCUACCAAGUCAUCGCCAAUUGACCAGCUUGAGUGCUCACCACUCUUGAAUGAUAUCAUUAAUCAAACACCUCUUAACACACCAUUUGAACAAUUUGAAACUUUUAAUUUAUUUGAUAGCAACAAUUAAUCAGUAUUUGUCGAACAUAACGUUUAUUU